AUCUUUCCGGUUCGAAUAGCAGCCAUCUUGUUUCCCUUGCUAGCUAAAUAAAAUAAAUAAUACGCUGAGCUGGACUUCACUUCGAACCUGUAAAAGAACACAGUAGAGGAUGUCUGCAGAUGCAUUUGGAGCCGGCGGCAGCGAUGCCCAGCAAACUCUGCAGUCCUUCUGGCCUCGUGUCAUGGAGGAGAUCAAGAACCUGACUGUGAAGGAUUUCCGUGUGCAGGAGUUGCCUCUGGCUCGAAUCAAGAAAAUCAUGAAGCUGGAUGAAGAUGUCAAAAUGAUCAGUGCAGAGGCUCCAGUCCUGUUUGCCAAGGCAGCUCAGAUCUUCAUCACAGAGCUUACCCUCAGAGCAUGGAUCCACACUGAGGACAACAAGCGACGCACACUACAGAGGAAUGACAUUGCCAUGGCAAUAACAAAGUUCGACCAGUUCGACUUCCUGAUCGACAUUGUGCCACGGGAUGACCUGAAGCCACCUAAACGACAGGAGGAAAUGCGUCAGUCUGUUGCUCCAGCGGAGCCAGUACAGUACUAUUUCACCUUGGCCCAGCAACCUGGAGCCGUACAGGUGCAGGGAACACAACAAGGCCAGCAGCCUGGCGCACAAACAGCCACCCCCAUCCAGCCUGGACAGAUCAUCAUUGCACAGUCACAGCAAGGACAGAUGUUGCAAAGUGCCACCAUGCAGCAGUUACAGCAAGUGCAGGUGCAAUCACAGGGCACACCCAUCACGAGCGCUCCUGUGGCCAUGCAGGUGGGUGAGGGCCAACAGGUACAGAUUGUCCAGGCUGCAGCAGCCCAGGGUCAAGCUCAGACAGCUCAAGCUCAAGGCCAAACCAUGCAGGUCAUGCAGCAGAUCAUCACCAACACAGGAGAGAUUCAGCAAAUCCCGGUGCAACUAAACACAGGCCAGCUACAAUACAUUCGUCUAGCCCAGCCUGUCUCUGGAGCACAAGUGGUCCAAGGACAGAUUUAGACUCUCGCCAGCACCCAACAGAUCACACAGACUGAGGUACAGCAAGGACAGCAGCAGUUCAACCAGUUUACUGAUGGACAGUUGUAUCAGAUUCAACAGGUGACGAUGCCAGCAGGACAGGAGCUAACCCAACCAAUGUUCAUUCAGUCCACCAACCAGACAGCUGACACACAGGUCACGCAGGUCAGCACUGACUGAGCCCGACCAGGAACCCUGCUCAACACACACCACAUGCAUACCAGCUCAUGUGACACCAACAGAUGCCACCGACUUUGAAGAAGGAUGCUUGAUAACAUUGAUUUUAAACAUUUAGACAAGGGACCUGAAAUCUUGUAACACUCAUUUUUUGUAAUAAAUUUAUUACACUGGAUCAAAAACCAAAGGGACACCGAUUGACUCUUUUACAAUCACAUGUUAAGUUGCAACCACAGAUUAAAUGAGCAUUUUUGUACUUCUGUCACCCACGCAUGUAGAGAGAAUAUGCAUAUACUGCCACAGUCAACAGUCUCUGCACAGACCAACUCUGUUCUUUUCCUCUUCUUUAUACAAACUUCAAAUAUUUUUAAAACAUAAAAAAGCCAGUGCUUUAUUCCUGGCACCUCCUAUCUUCUCUCUGUGUUUGAAAUGAAUUGGGAAAGUGCCCGUCUCUGUCAGCAUGACCUGCUCCAGGCAUAUUUGUGGUUGGAGGAUGCUUGGGGAUUGAAUUAUACCCUCUCCAUUGUUUGCCAUGAAACUGAUGGAUGAAAUGAAGCCAUAUACCUCACAUAUCACUUUUUACAGCAACUUAAUGGACGGGAGGCUGUACGGCUCAGUUGUACUUUCAUGUAAUCUUUGUUGUGUUGUUUUUCCAUAUUGAUGAUGAAGCAUGACUUUAUGUUGUAAGGGCUUCAAAAUGUAUAGGCUAACUGUGUAUGUGAUUGUGCGUGUGUGUGUGUGUGUGUGCGCACACUUGUGUUUCAAGCACCUACACCAUCCACUUCCAUUUGAAUUUCUUUCUUCACGCCUUUGUCUUUAGAACGGGCAAGCACUUCUCUGCCUCUAUGCAGUUUCACAUAACCUUCUCUGACGGGGUGGUUUUGGGGUCUUGUGCCCUGGUUUCAUUUACAAACACAUGACACCAUCUGGAGCAAAACAAACAACAAAACAAAAGCAAAAAAAAAACACUUUUUAUAGAAAUCUUUUUUUUUCCCAAUACAUGCAUUUCUUUGUUGUUUUAAAAUGUUUGGCCUCAUAAUUUCCCCAUCCUUUUUUGUACAGUGAUGAUUAUUAUUAGUGUUCUUAUUGUUGUUUUUGCAUGUAGUUCAAACUGGCAGCAUGACAUGCAAUAGAUAGGUACAAUAUUAUUUUUGACAUUCUUUUUUGUAAACAAACUUUCUUUGUGAGAAAAAUAAAACACAUAAGAGUCCUGUUUUAUAGUAUUUUUCAGUUUGUAUCAUCAAGUUCUAAUGUUUGUUCUUAUCAUUGUAUUUUAGGUGAAUUAAGCACCUUGCUAGUGUGUGGACAGUAGACAGGGAGACAGGAGACAAAUGCGACACCCCACAGGCAAUAAGUCUUGAACCAACCCAGUCACAAUUCUGCUGUAUUUUCAGGUAGACAUAUCUCACUACUAGUUUCCAAAAAACAUCACUGUCUUUCAUGCAUUUAUAGGAACUUUUAUGUAAUAGGUAUGAAGGUGAAACAAUAUUUCAGCACAGAACUUAAUUUAAAUGUUCACAAAAGACUCAGAUUUCACUUAUCUGCAACCAAAAUACUUCUGGAACAAAAAUAAGGAAUCUUUGCUUGUUCUUGGCCACUGAAAAACAAAAGUGAUGUUUACAGUUGUUGAUUGUAUUGGUUUGUAAGAAAUACAAAAUACUGAAAGCACUGAAAAUAUGUCGUUUAUACCUCAGCUCAAAACGUCAAGUUCUCUGUUGUACAUCAGCCCAUUUUCUCUCGAGUCAAAAGGUGGCAUCUUGUGGGUUCUUUGUAUGUCGGCAUAAAACAUAAAUGGCUAAAUAUCAUUACAUACUAUAUCCAAGCAGCUCGUUUAAAGGCUGUAUUUGAAUUUGGCAUCUCAAAAUCCAAAGAAUUAGUACAUUUCCUU